ACGAAAAUUAUCCGAAAAAGAGGAGGGAAAAAAUUUUAGAACUAAAAAUUUGCCGAAACGACUUAGAGGGCGAGUUGGAUUUAGGGGAUUUUGUUAAUUUGGAAAUAUUAGAUUGUUGUAAUAACAAACUAAGCACCAUAGAUGUUAGCAAAUGUGUGGCUAAAAAACAUUUUCCCGAAAUGGCUUUGAUUAACAUUUCAGACAUAGAUGAAAUAGCCGAACAACUAAACAAGCAAACAGCCAACGACCCCGAUUUUUUAAAAAAAACCUUUAAAAUUAGCGAAAAAGAAGCCCAAAGAACGAAGGGGGAUUUUUUUCUAAUGUAUUCAGAAUUAGUCUCGCGAAUUGUGGCCCGUUGCUGCAUUAUCGAAAAUCGUUUUUGUGAGGGGAAAGAUGAAAGUUUUCCGCUGGGUAAAGCAAUGGAAGGAAAAAGAGUACUUACAAUUCCUAACCGUAAAGAAUUAAUUAAUAGAGUUUUAAAUGGUGAUUGGCAAUUAAUAGAAAAAGGUGGUGGGCCAUUCCAAGCAAAAAAAGAAAAAGCCUUGGGAGCCGAAGCAAUUGUCCCAAUUGCGAAGGCGUUUAAAAAGCUUUCGGGGACACAUUGUGACAAAAAAAAUAAUAUGAAAAAACCACAAAAAAAAUACACUAUCCUAGGCGGAGUUGCGGUCAAUUCUCAACAAUUAGCCGAGCGGUUUUUUCGCCAAAAAAAGAAACUACGGGAAACGGGCCAGGGAUUAAGAAAUUACCGCCUAACUGAAACUAAAACCUCUACCAUUCAGAAAGGAAAUUUACGCCCUCACUCGGCCUUGGCUUAUUGUAAUAAAUGCCAAGGCCUAGGCGGUCCGGAUUUACUAGGCAGCCAAUGCCAAUCCUGCCAUAACGGCGAAUACGAAAUUAAAACUGAAACUAUUACUAGCGCAAUUAAACGAGCUAUGACCGCACAGGAAAGAAAAGCCAAACAAAGAAACUCCCAAAAAAUACAAAACCAGUGA